AUGCUGCUCUUCUGCCCGGCCUGCGGGAACGUGCUGGUGGCCGAGGAGGGGCCGCGCUGCCACCGCUUCGCCUGCACCACCUGUCCCUACGUGCGCAACGUCACGCGGAAGGUGACGAGCAGGAAGUACCCGCGGCUGAAGGAGGUGGACGAUGUGCUGGGCGGCGCCGCGGCCUGGGAGAACGUGGACUCCACGGCAGAGCCGUGCCCCAAGUGCGAGCACCCCCGCGCCUACUUCAUGCAGAUCCAGACGCGCUCGGCCGACGAGCCCAUGACCACCUUCUACAAGUGCUGCAACCCGCAGUGCGGGCACCGCUGGCGGGACUGAGGGGCCGCGGGGAGCGGGGAUCGUGAUUGCUGCUGCUCCUGCAAUAAACGGGCACUGCGGGCAA